AUGGAGGCCGAGAAGUACUCCGAGUACUUCAAUAAGUGCCCCGUCUUCACGGUCCCUGGUCGAACCUUCCCCGUCGAGGUCCUGUACACCAAGGCCCCCGAGUCUGACUACCUUGACGCUGCCCUUAUCACUGUCAUGCAAAUUCACCUUGCAGAACCUCCAGGUGACAUUCUGCUCUUCCUCACGGGUCAGGAGGAGAUUGACACGGCCUGCCAAAUUCUCUUCGAGCGCAUGAAGUCCCUGGGAAAGCUCGCCCCCAAGCUCAACAUCUUCCCCGUCUACUCGACGCUCCCCAGUGAGAUGCAGACAAGAAUCUUCGAUCCCACCCCCAUCGGAGAGCGCAAGGUCAUCGUUGCCACCAACAUCGCCGAGGCCUCUCUCACCAUAGACGGCAUCUUCUACGUUGUUGAUCCCGGCUUCGCCAAGCAGAAAGUCUUCAACCCCAAGACUGGAGUCGACGCCCUCGUCGUCGCCCCCAUCUCACAGGCCUCGGCAAAGCAGAGGGCAGGGCGAGCAGGCAGGACGGGGCCGGGAAAGUGCUACCGUCUCUACACUGAGAACGCGUUCAAGUCAGAGAUGAUGCCGAUGUCUGUCCCUGAGAUCCAGCGAGCCAACCUCGGCAAUACCGUCCUACAGCUCAAGGCAAUGGGUAUUAACGACAUCAUACACUUCGACUUCAUGGAUCCUCCUCCUAUCCAGACCCUCGUCCACGCUAUGGAGACUCUAUACGCCCUUGGAGCCUUAGACGAGGAAGGGCUGCUGACCCGCCUUGGAAGGAGGAUGGCGGAGUUUCCCCUGGAUCCAACGCUGUCCAAGAUCCUCCUCGCAGCCGUCGACCUCUCCUGCGCCGAGGAGAUCCUGACCAUUGUCGCCAUGCUCUCGGUGGAGACGCUCUUCUACCGCCCCAAGGACAAGGCGGCGGAGGCAGACCAGAAGAAGUCCAAGUUCUACUGCCCGGAAGGAGAUCACCUGAUGCUACUCAAUGUCUACGAGGCCUGGAAGAGAAACAAGUUCAGUAACCCCUGGUGCUACGAAAACUUCCUGCACGCUCGCUCCCUUCGUCGAGCUCAGGACGUGCGCAAGCAGAUCCUGCAGAUCAUGGAUCGUCACAAGCUCGACAUCGUCAGCGCUGGCAAGAACUGGAACAAAGUCCGUAAAGCCAUCGUCAGCGGCUUCUUCCAUCAUGCAGCCAAGAAGGAUCCGCAGGAGGUAUCCUUUCCUCCUCCUCCUCCUCCUCCUCCCCCUUCCCCCUUCCCCUUCCCCACUCCUCCACUCAUGGUCAUUUACCACGAGCUGGUCACCACCACCAAAGAGUACAUGCGCAACAUCAUUCAGAUCGAGGCCAAGUGGCUGGUCGAGGUGGCGCCAAGAUACUACCGGGCGGGCGACCCCACCAAGCUUUCCAAGAGGAAGAGGCAAGAGAAGAUCGAGCCGCUCUACAACCGCUUUGAGGAGAAGGAUUCAUGGCGCUUGAGUAAGAGGAGAGGAUGA